GUUCGUUUGAAACAAAGUUGAAGCGGAUACAAUAGGAUAAAAUAUGAUAGUAUGUGUAAAUUUGAUUACAUGUAGUUUCUGUGAUUAUCAUUUCUGAUAGAAAUGAAAACAAAACUAUUCAACGAUGUUUAAAUACUCUUCUUCAUGCCAGUAUAAAAAACAGAUUGUUUCAUGAAAUUUCCCCGUGGCAUAGACCCUCUACAAUGCUCGUCUAUCUUCAAGCACGACGUUUUGCCAAAGAAGUUAUUUCAGUUUAUGCAACCGUAAUGCAAUUCCCAUCAAACAUAUUACCAACAUCAUUAAAAUUUCAAGCAAGGAGAUUGAAUGGAACGUGUCGGUUGCGGCAUGAUAGAACAGGCUAUCUUACAUUUAGCAGGAGUCAAGACGAUCGAUACAGAAUACAUCAGAAUUGUAAAAUUACAUUUACUAGGUGCUAAUUCAAUUAAAAAAGUUUCCAUUCUCGAAACUACGUCGUAAAUAAGGACAGAACAGAGUUUGCAAUUUUUAUAAACUACAGAUGACAGUCAUUUCAACGAUAAGUUUUUGACAUGUGAUAUACAGCAAUUUAUUUCGACUCUUUAACAUAUUUCUUGUUCACAACUGAGAACCGUGAUAAUAGUUAAUAACGCAGCUACUUAUCAUCUGAGAAUGAUUGAUGAAACCACAGUCACAAUUAUUGACUCCCCUUUCAACUAUUGAUUGCUGCAUCUACAUACAAGUGAUAAUAACACCACUAUUUUGUUGGUAGUAGUGGAAGCUUUAUAAAUCGCAAAGAAUUGAAAUUUUCAGUGUUCGGCCAUUAUUGUCAAUCAGUCAAGUAUACGUCAGCUGACUUGUUUGUCACGAAAUACGCGCAAAUAUUUGGUGAAGGAAUUUUACAACGUUACCAGCAACGAAAAUGACGGCAAAAAAGAUGGAGAGCACUCUCAUGGGGUUGAAGUACCCAAGUGAACGUGGCGCCGGAUUAAAGACUGGGGCAGGCUGGCUGAAAGGAAAGCGACUGGACGAUGGAGCCGAAGGACUAUGGCGGAUCGGUGAUAAACUCUACGACCUCGACGGAUGGGCAAGGAACCAUCCGGGCGGUUCCGAGUGGAUAACGCUCACCCAGGGGACCGACAUCACGGAGGCAUUCGAGGCACAUCAUGUAACGCUUCUUGCUGAACGUCUGCUGCCAGAGUUCUACGUCCGAGAAGCGACCGCCCCGAGGUCCUGUCCUUUCACCUUCAAGCCCGAUGGUUUCUAUCGAAUAUUCAAAGAACGUGCCAGGGAAGCCCUAAAGGAUGUCGACUUUCACAGGCCAACGAAGACCUCGAAUCUUAUUGCAGAUUUUCUCUUCGCCACCACGUUACUCCUCUGUACGACGGCUGCAGCGACCCAAUCUUGGAUCACAAUCGUGGCGAGCGGAAUAUUCUUGACCUGGACUUUGAAUGCGGGGCACAAUUACAUGCAUCAGAGGGACAACUACCGCAUGUGGUACAUGGAUUUGAGCCCAAUGUCCUCCAAGGAAUGGCGGAUCUUUCACGCUCUAAGUCACCAUCUUUACACAAAUACGCUCCUUGACCUGGAGAUAAUAAUGUUUGAGCCCAUCUUUCACCUGCUACCUCGCAAAGAUAAAGGACUGAUACCACGGAAUUUUGCAUGGCUCUAUUCUCCUCUCGUUUACAGUCUGACAUAUUUUAUACACGCGAUCAAAAGGAUCUAUUCUGUCUUUUGGGAGUUUGGCGAACCCGAGCUAAGAGACGCGGUACCCUUUCUGAUCCCGACAUUGAUGUGCUUCGUCGCACCUCCGCUGACCGCUUUUAUCACCUGGGCGAAGGUCAUCUUUAUUGCCAGCUGCCACUUUAGUCUGGUUGGAUUGAAUGCGGCACAUCAUCAUCCGGACAUCUAUCAUGACGGGGACGCCCGUCGCGAGGAUACCGAUUGGGGCCUUGCCCAGCUAGACGCGGUCCGUGACCGUGUCGAGAUCGAGCCUUCCAUAUUUCUUAUCCUGACCCACUAUGGGUCUCACACUUUGCAUCAUCUACUACCUACCGUGGAUCAUGCCUAUCUUCACCUAUGCCAACCAGCCUUUGAGCAAACCUGCAAGGAGUUUGGCGUCAGUACGGAACUUUGGACUCAGUGGAAGCUUUUGAAGGGCCAAUUCAAGCAGUUGGGAAACGUUGAACCGAAAAAUACACCGAACAUGCGAUGAUUAUCGAAAAACAUUUAACCGUGUCUUGAUACUUUCUUAAUUUUUAAAAUCCUUUUUCCACUGUAUCUAAUCAAUAUUGUUACUCAAUGUAUCCCUUGGCGUGUUGUGUAUUUUGGAAAUUAAAGUAAACGCUAUUGGAGGAUUAUUGAAUAAUUGCAAAAAUAAAAUCUGAAAAUUUACUAACA